AUGUGGAGUUGCCUGCGACCCUCCCAGCCUUGGAGCAUUGGCUCCAUUGGAGUCCUGAACUUGGCUAUAUGUGACCUUGCAUACCUGGUCUCCAUGACACCAUGGGCUAUAUACAUGAGUGCAGACUACAACUGGAGAAUGGGACAUUUGCUCUGCAUCCUAAUGAAUAUCCUGUAUUUUGUGGGUUUAACAUCCAGCACCAUGUUCAUUUGUGCCAUCAGUGCCGAUCGCUUGCUGGCCAUUGUCUUCCCACUGGAAUCCAGAAUGAUCCGCACUACCCGAAACAGUGUCCUGGUGUCUUUGCUCCUCUGGGCCAUCAGUGCCCUCCUCAUCUACUUCAGUUAUCCCAGCAUUCUUUACAGGGCAAGGAUGAAUGGCAUACACAUUUGUGGAGUGGUAGUGGUCUCUAGGUACAAUGCUACCGAGCCUUCAUACAACCUCCUGUCGUUCUACUCAAUCCAGGUCUUUGUACCUCUGCUUCUGAUCAUUCCCUCAUAUCUGAAGAUCAUGGCCCGAAUGAAACAGUCCCGACAUCUGUGGGGUCAAGUUCGCGACAAGACCAUACUGUUCAUCAUGGUCUUCAUAGCCAAUUUCCUGAUCUGCUGGGUUCCAGGGCAGGUGUUGCACAUCGUCGCUUGCUUAACCUUCCUCACUCUGAACAAUUGCGAAAACACCUGUUGGGUGGCCUGGGUGGUCAAUCUGUUAGUGGAAGCCUCCGAGUUGCUGUACUGUCUCAAUGCAUGCCUUGAUCCACUCAUUUUCUACAUGCACCAGCCCUACGCGGGCCGGCUCAACAGGGCUGUGGGUUGGGUCACCAGCUGUGGACAAAGGUGGUUGCAGAGGGUGAGGGGGAAAGACAAGGCAGCUCUUGCGGUGGAGCCUAAGUGUGGUCCAACUUCGGAAUCCAAAAAAAUACCCGUUUGUUCCAUAAAAACAGUCAACUAA